AGUGAAUCAACCUUUUUUGUAUGGACUGGGUCCCAGAUGCGUAAAGUUCUGCCAGCCUGGCAAUUUUUCACUUUAUUUUACACCAAAUAAUUUUGCAGAUAAAUUAUAUAACCACCAAAUAAGCGUGGUCCUUACUGGAGUCUGUCUCAAUACAAGUAGAUAUAUGGUUAAAGUACAAAAAUUCAGUUACAUAAGUGAGCAGACAGAAUAAUUAAGUGGGGAGUGAAAUAAAAUGUGGUCGUAAAUUGGUAAUCGUGUAAAGAAAGUAUUUUCUUCCAAUUAAUUAAAAGACGGAUUACAUACGAGUAGUUUUAAAUCAUUUGAUAGUGAAUUUGUUUCAAAAUUAUUCCGCAAAUUGUUGCAUUCGUCAUGUCAACUUUUAAAGCACCCCAUCCCGUGUGCACUUGUCGUCAUAGAACGUCCAUAUUUGGCGAAAAAUCAAAAUGUCUGCGAUGUGGCAAUAAUUCCAGAACCACCCUCUCUGCCCAAACCCCGGAUGGAAUAACCCUCCCACCAGUUACUCCCCCACAAGCUAAGAGAUCCCUGUUAGAGUUAAAAAGAAUUCGCGAAAUUGAGAAAGAAAUUGAAGAGCAGGCAAAAAUAUUUGAGGAAGAAUUCCUUGCAAAAAAACGACGAGGAGACGUCCAAACAACUCCGCCUAAUUCACCGAUAAGUCCUUCAGGAAUGUUUCCCCCUUCUGUGUCAUCUUCUUCAAUUUCACUUCCGCCAAGUUCUUCAUCAUCAUCGCCAAUUCUUCCCUCUGUAAUUUUACCUACGCCAAUUCUUCAAAAUUCGCCCAGUUCAUCCUCGUUAAUCCCACCUGCUGGAAUUUCAUCCCCCCUUUCACUCCCAUCCACACCAAAUAAGUCGGUGGCACAAUUAUCCGCACAAAUCACCGAGUUUGAAAUGAUUUUAGACCAAUAUAAAGUCCGACCGGGGUCGACGAAUUUGCAAAAUUUGACACAAUCGUUCACAAUACCGGCGCAUAAUAGUGCAACUACUACUUCCCUACCUCCCCCGCCACCACGACAAUUUCCACCAUUAACAGUUGCACCCCCUCUUUCGUCGCUACUAGCAGGAAAUUCUGAAUCCGAGGAUGACGAGGACAAACAGUGUGUCGUGUGCUUGGAGAGGAAAAAGACGCAUAUUUUAAUACCCUGCGGUCAUUACGCGUAUUGUGACACAUGUGCAAAAACGUUAAAGAUUUGUGCCUUGUGUAGAGUUAAGGUGACUAGAAGAGUGAAAGUUUUUGAGGCUUAGUAAACAUCGCAUAAUAAUUAUUACAUAAUUUAGAGGGAAAGCUGUACUUUUCGGUUGGAGAAAGUUGCGUAAUUUUGGAAAAAAUUGUAACUUUCCUCUAGUUUGAGAGUAAAUUUCCUGAGGAAGAUAUUAAGCAAGUAUUAAUUUACUUAAAUAUGAACUAUGAAAUUAUUAAUAAGACUAGAUGAAUUUAGUUGUAUUGUAAUGCAUAAUUUUAUAUGAACUAUGUACCUACAUAUAUAGACUGUUAUGUUUAAAUUAGGUAUAGAUAGAGUAUAAUAGCGAUAGAAAUAUGACCUUUGAAGUGUCUGAACAAUGUAAGCCUUAUCAUGAUUGUGUUGUCAAUUACCUAUAAUGGAGAGAGAUACUUGUAUGUAAAGAGAAAAGCCGGGAUAUAUUACAGACUGACGAUAUUAUUGUGUGUGCCUUUAUUUUCUUAUCGUAUUUACUAUUUACAAUUAGGAUAUUCAGUAAAAUACAGCCACUCGAAAUAAUUUUGUUAAAUGUGUAAUGUAAGUUGUUGAAAGUUUGCAAACAAACUAAUUUACUUAGCGACAUUAGAAUAAAGCAUAACCGUUGAGAGAAU